AUGGGAAUAAAAUCCCUGGUAUCGAUUGUGUCUACGACAAAACCCAAGUACGCAUCCGUUCCCCCACAGCCGCUCAAACUCCCGACCAGACCAUGGCAACAUGUAUCCUAUGACAUGAUUGUAGAUCUACCAGAGGAUGGAAAAAAUGACUCCAUCCUAGUCAUAGUGGAUAGUUUCACAAAGUACGGGAUCUUUGUCAAAUGCUCCAAAAAGCUCAAGGCACCCAAGCUAGCGGAGUUAUUCCUGGAACACAUAUGGAAACGCCAUGGAAUGCCGGAAAAAACAAUAUUGGACCAAGGCAGGGUCUUCAACAAUAAAUUCCUGCAGGCACUAUACAAACAGCUAGGCAUUGACCCACACUUCUCCUUGGCAUACCAUCCCCAAAGCAAUGGACAGACGGAACAAGUGAACCCCUCCAUUGAACACUUCCUUAGGGCUUACUCAGGGGUAAAUCAACGGGACUGGACCAAAUGGCUACCAAUGGCCAAAUUUGCAUACAACAACGCAGUCCAUAGUAGCACAGGGAAAACACCGUUUAAAGCCUUGUACGGAUGGGAACCUACCCUGACACCAUCCAACGUACCCACAGAUGUACCAGAAGCCAACGACUUAGCCCAAACAAUGAAGAAUCAGUGGAAGGAAGUUGAAUCCGCCCUCCAGCAAUCUAAGUCAAGGAUGACUGCUGGAGAAGAAGGAAGCCCGGUAACUUUUGAAUUAGGGGAAGAAGUCUGGCUGGACGCCAAGAACCUACCCCCAACCAUGCGCAUCCAUAACGUAUUCUACGUAGGACUGCUGUCUAAAGUCAAAAGGGAUAAAAAGCGCGCCUUUGAAAGUCGGCCACCACCAGUGACAGUGGAUGGGGAAGAGGAAUAUGAGGUAGAAGGCAUAACAGAUGCAGAAAAACGGAACGGGAAAUGGUUCUUUAGGGUCAAAUGGAAAGGAUACGGUUUGGAAGAAAACACGUGGGAACCUCAAGAAAACUUAAAAAACACAGAAAAAAUCUUGAGGAAGUACAAGGAAGAUAUGAAGAAGAAGGUCCUUGGCGCUGCCAAGGCCCUUAAGGGGGGGGCAGUGUUGUAG